AGCAUAUUGCUUCUGCCAUAUGGAACACAUCUUUAUUUAUUAAGAGAGAGGUCUAAAUAUGGAGCUAUAACUUGGAUUCUUUUAAAAAAGCAGAAUCUUUUUAGAGAAGAAAAACUCCUUCCUGUUUUGUAUUGUAUGAAAGUAGCCACCUUUCGCUGUGCAUCCCUUAAUCUAUUUGUCAUCAAAAGAGCAGUUUGCCUAAGAGAAGGGAUCGCCAAAAGUGCCAAAUGUUUGCGAUUCUUGGUCAAUUCCACGAGGAGUAAAAGUGCCUCUCUCUUACGGCAGAAUACUAAGUCACUCUUGGCUCUCACUUGCUAUUCUCUUGCUGAAGUUCUGUCAAGACAUUUUGUCAUAAUAGAAAAGUGCCUUGAUUUCUCGUGGGAGAGCACUGCACUCUUCUUUUUGCUCUAGUCCUGAUUUCAUUGGCAUGGAUGCACCCUGUUUAGAAAGUGCCUCCUCUUCGUAACUGGUCUGUCCUUCGUAGCCUUUAAAAGUCGCCUGGAGCACUGAGAAGUUAACGUUCUCCUCAGAGUGCCCUAGCUAGUAGGUGGGAGAAACAGGAUUUGAAAUGAGAUCUUCUCUAUGCAGUGUCUCCCUUCUCUCCAUCACUCUGCUUUCUAGAGCGCAUUGCACAGCCCCGGAAAUCAUUUCUGUUGGGCCUUUCGUGUCCGUGGAAAGUUGCUGCUUUCAAAAAAAGCUCUUCAGAGAUAUUCUGCAGAGAUCCCUUAGAAUGCGUCGGAGGAAGAAAACGAGCCAAGAGUAAGUAGAAUUAUGUGCCAGGCACUGUGCUAAGUGCUUCACAAAUAUCGUCUCAUUUAAUCCUCAUUAAAAACAACGCAAGAUCAUUGCUAUGAUUACCCCCAUUUUAUAGUGAAAGAACCCGAGGCAGACAAAGGCUAAAAACCUUGCCCAGGGGGACUUCGAAUUGGUACCCAAAUCUUCUGGACUAAAGGCUCAGGGCUGUGUCCGGUGGGCAUGGUGAUGUCAUAGAAAUCAUAAUUGCCAUCUUCCCCAUUCAGCGGCGAGCUCCUUGGCUUUUUCUUUCAAGAAGACUCUCUCGUGUCUUUAAAACAAAUGAAAAAGUGGCCGACAUUUCCAAAAGAGACACAAGUGACAAAUAGCCGGCCACGCCAGGAAGAGAAGUAGGAGUCCGUCAGUUGCAGAAUUAACUCUUUCAAUGUCGAUUGAAUGAAUCGGUUAUUUCUGAUUCUCUUUGUUUUUCCUUCAUUACAAUCCAGCCACAGCAUCCUCUUCAGACUUUCCCUGGCACGGCUGCUCCAUAGGAAGUGUAAGAGCAUAAGUAGCUCCAGAAACACAUAAAUAAUGCUUUACAAUCCCAUAUAAAUUCCUUACAAAAACACCUGGUCACCAUCAUGGGCAUCAAGGCAAGCACUUAUAUGGGCUGAUGGUACCUCGUUAAAUGUUUACAGCAUUAAACUCUCUCUUUUUAAGCAAGCUGAUUAAAGAAACGUAAACUCAUCUUGGCACUGCCUGGGAUUAAGCAUGCCAAGUAGAUCUGGGAUUUAUGGGACCAAAAUAGAAAACAAAGAAGUGGAAUAAGCCAGGGUAGGGAACAUUCCACACUCCUCAGAGCUUCCUUUCAAAGUAACUUGUUCAUUUUUUCUCCAUCUUUCUUGAAAAGUGGAGCCAUCUAUGAAGGCUUCAUCUGGGGAAGUGAAAGUUAAAGAAUCCCAGAUCUCUGAAAUGAGGAGAAAAAGAAGAAAAGCCUUUAAGACCAGAAAAAGCUGGACUACAGAUGGAUAUGGCUCUCAGUCUGUCCAUCAUCCCCAUCCCCAAAAUGUCAAAGAUCUUGAAAACAGAACAGAAACAGACACCUCAAAAGCUACCCUUCUUUACACUGAGGGCUUGGAGAAGUCUAAUGAAAAUGGAGCUGAGAGCAGAUGUCCUUUGUUGAAUAGAGAACAGAAUAAUACUACAUUAUACAAAGAAAGUAAAUGGUUUCUGUCUGGCAGUGAAGACAGACGGGGAAAGAAACGUGAUUGUCCUUCUUUGCUUCGCUGUCAUCAGCAGGAGAGGUUCCUCACUGGGGUCACCUUUGGUGAUCCAGAAGGCUCCCUAUCAGGAAAAAUUACCCUGCAGAAUUCCCCAGGCUCUAUAGAAAACUUUAAGUCAACCAAAGGCAAAAUCAUUACAGAAGUCAAAUGCGGUGCCUUUUGUUUAAAAGUGGAGAUCGAGAAAAAUUCUUUAAGAAGCACUAGAGCAAAUGUGACUCAGAGGAAAAAGAGUUGCCCAAAGAUCCAUCGGAGGUACCCUGGCCAACUGAUCUGGAGAUGCCCCUGUUCUAGGUGUCACCAUUCUAGACAUCAAACUCUAUUGAUGGGUCACACAAGAGACAGAAAGCGUGAAACAGCAUCUCAAUCCAAAGUCACCGUUGCCAGCAAUGAAGACCCCUCCCUAACCGUGAGCACUGUAGGGAAAAAAAUUACCGUGAUGUAUGUCAAUAAGAGCCAGGAUCUAUUCAUUAAAAUAGAACAUUCUAAGCAAAGGAAGAAAGGCAUCCACAAGUACGAUAACUGUAGUUCUAACGUCACCACAAAGGGAUGUGCCUGGGCUCCUUCGCUAUCAGCUCAUGGUCUUCAAUCCAAGGGACACACUUUUCAAAACGGCCAGGACACAGAUGGUUCUUUGACUCCUCCUCCUCCUCCUCCUCUUCCUCUUUCUCUUCCUAAUAAAUUUGCUCACUAUAAGAAAAAAAAUCCAAGUAUCUUUACAGAGUCUUUAGAUUCAGAAAGCAACAAGAAGGAACUUGGAAUGUUAUUUGCCGUCUCUGACAAUGAUGGGGUAGAAGGUGCCAUACCUCAGCAGAAGAAUGACCAGAGUAAUGAAUGCACUUCUACAAAGGAAAACAUGUCUAGGACUGAGACUUUCCCCCCACACUCUGCUUCUAUUGUUCAUGGUCCUCUAGAGAUCAAAGGCACAAAUUCAUUCAAUGAACUUUUAGAAAAUGGUGGAGAAAUGGAGGAAGGAAGAAAAAGCAUCCUCAUUAACAAAGAAAAUACCAUUUCAGAGCCACAUGUCCAGCAUGAUUCAGGAGGAAGAAUGCACGUCAUGGACACCACCUCCUCUCAAACUCAAGGGGGCAAAGAGUCUAAUGUUCGUUCUUUACCAUCUCUGAGGGGGCAGUAUGGGGAAGCCAAAGCAGCAAGCUUCUUCAGGAAGAGUAGUACAAAUUCUGAGCAUCUGGAAUUUUCUACACGAUCUGAUUCGGUCUCUUCCUGCUUCAGCAUUGAUGACGUGAAGCCUUCUCUUUCAAGUUCCCCCACCAGCCCAUCUCCCUCUGACUUGACCGCCUACAGUUGGCAGCAUAAAGAAAGCACUGAUGAUUCUUUUUUCUCGAAUCUCUGUGAGGAGGAUAGGAUGGACUCCGAGUACCCUCAGGCCCCUUUAGAAAACAACGGUCAUUGCAUGCAUCAGGAAAGUGCAGAUUCAAUGUCUGGGGACCUGGAUCCAAUCAAACAGUCCAUGAGCAAACUUUCCUUACACAUCCGUUGUACACCCGGCACUGGCAAUCCAAACACAGACUGUACAAGGCUCCUUUCUGUUUGCCAAGAACACGUGGAUUUCAGGAAGUGUCGAUUCAAUGAGGAAACUUUAGAGAAUGCUCAACAAGCUCCCGCACAAGAGCUUCUGAAGUCAAGAAUGAUGUCCUCCUUGCUCCUGGCCUCUCCGCUCUCCAGCACCACGUCCAAAGAAUCUGUUCCUUCUCACAACAGGUCUGAUGGUGGAAUCUUGGAGAGCACCCAAAGGCAACCCAAUGUGAAACAGUCAAAUGUCACCACUCCAGUGUCUACUCAAGAAACAAGAGGGGCCAGCAAGAACUGGAGAGGGUCCAUUAUGACUGCAUUAACUAAGGCACUAGAGCAAAAUCUUAUCCCUCAAAGUGGUAGUAAAAUCAGAAGUACUCUCUGUGGUUCCAUGAAAGAGAAAGAUCUUGAAGGUCUGCCCACUCUGCAUGGAAACUCCAGCAUUCUGCCACUUUGGGAUACUGAGGAGCCAAACGUAGAGGAUGAAUACAGGGGUAUUUUCGAAGUCUUGUCUAACAGUGACUAUAUUAAAGCCUGUUUCCAAGAGCAUUUCCCACCUCUCACCACAGAGGAUAGCUUGUCAGUGUCUCUUCUAGAUAGCGAGGUUUCUAACCUGGAAGCAUUUCUUAAAGAAAUACUGGGAAAAGGUGAGUGGGAAGAAAUGAUCCCUAUUCUCAAAGAGGACCCUGUGGAAUGUCAAAUGGGAGAAUUUGUGGAGUUGAACUCUGAAAGAGGUGAGAAACACAAGGAUCAAAAAACAAACAUGCCAUCAUCAGCCCAGAAGCAAAGGAUUCUGAAAGAUUGGAAAUUGGAGAUGAACAAACUCAUAAAGCUUUCAAGUGAAUUUCCAUCAAGAGAUUCAAGAGCCAGUAACAGUUCCCAGGAGGAAGCGAUUGACCAAUGGGCCAAAAGACGGAAGCAGUUUAAAGAAAGCAAAAAAUGCAGCUCAACUGGAGGGAGUUCCUUCGCCAGUAACAUUACUGAAGGAUCAAUUACUUCAGAGGAUGGCUACUCAGUGGAUCUUGGUACAAGAAAUGAAAUUGAGGAGAAAGGAUUCUACACUGAGAAUUUUCAUUCAGCAUCGUGGGUUUUCCGAGGAGAUGAUGAAAAUCCUGAAAAUAGUCCUAGAUGUCUCAGUAAGAAACCCCAACCAGUAGCUGUUCGGGAACGGACUGUGAAGAUUUCCAAAGGAACUGGCGAUUAUCCCUGGGGAUUCCGCAUUCAAUUCUCCAAACCAAUCUUGGUGACUGAAGUGGAUACUAACAGCGCUGCGGAGGAAGCUGGGCUCCUGAUUGGAGAUAUUGUGCUGGCUGUCAACGGUACUGACGUCACCAGUGUGGCCCACUCAGAAGCUGUAAAUCUGGCCAGAAAAGGUCCAGAUGUUCUGACCUUAGUGGUAGGAUCAGACAUCAGUCGCUGCCCCAACACCCCCUGGCCUACCUGUCGUGGCUACCUACACAAAAGGACUCACUCGGGGUUCCUGAAGGGCUGGAGGAAGAGGUGGUUUGUACUGAAGCAUGAUGGUUAUCUCCUCUACUACAAGCGGAAAAAGGAUGAAGGAAAACAUCGACCACUGGAUGUAAUGAAGUUAGAAGGUGCAGAAGUUGGAAUAGACAGCAGCUUGGGAAAACCAUUUGUGUUUAAAUGUGUGCCCCAAUCUGGAACAAGGACUUUUUGCCUCUGUGCCACCUCAAACCAAGAGAUGAAAAGGUGGCUAGAAGCAAUGGACAAAGCUGCCCAUCCUGUCUGUCAGAACCACGUGUGGACAGACGUGACGCGGCACAACAGCGGUCUUCCGCCCUUGGCCAUCAAGAGCCCAGAGUGUCUGGGGCUCCUCCACCAGCUGGAGAGGAGUCGGGAUGUCUGGGCCCAGUAUUACUGCAUCCUGAAGGACGGCUGCCUGUACCUCUAUGCCAGUAUCCGCUCCACUCAGGCCCUAGGUGGCCUCUACCUGCAGGGAUAUACGGUGAGUGAGCAGGUCCUUAGCUUCAAGCAGGCUGUUAUUGAGCUCAGCCCCCCAUCCGAAGAGUUUCAAACGUUUUACUUCUGUGCAGAAAAUGAAACAGAAAAUAAACGCUGGAUUACAGCUCUGAAAACAUCCAUUCAAAAAUGGCUCCCUUUGCACCAAGCUAUUGAAGACUUCAUGAACCGGCCUUUGGAGGAAACCAAAAUGUGAAGGAGAUGACAGUCCCAAAGUAGUACAGUUUCAUGCUAAUUGUCAGCUAAUUCAGAAGCCAGAAAAACGUAGCAUUGAUAUCAUUUUAUUUCCAUAGAUAAUAAAACAUGAAAGCAAAACUCAAAAUAAAA